AUGAUAUCUCAACAAGACAAUUACAAAGUAGUCAUUGCCUAUGACUUUGGCACCACAUUCUCAGGCGCUUCUUAUGCAUUCACACAUACUACGGUGCCUGAAGUUUUUGAUAUACAAAAAUGGCCACAGAAAGGCGGUAACUUUUAUCCCAAGACACCUUCGAUAUCAGCAUACAAAAAGUCGGAUCCAAGCACGAUUGUCGAGUGGGGUCAUAGUGCCAAGAAAUUGAUGUCAAAACCACAAGCUGCCAAGGAACACUUUAUUUUAACCAAUUUCAAGCUUCGACUGGAUGAGACUCUCUUUUUGAGAGGAUCAUUGGAUAUAAACAAGAGAUCACCCGUAGACAAUAUUGCGGAUUACUUGACAUGUCUUCAUCAGCAUGUUCUGGAUGAAGUGACCAGAGGAUUUGCCAAGAAUUAUCCACCAGAGACAUUCCGAUACUGUUUGACUGUACCUGCCAUGUGGUCCGACUUGGCAAAGUUUUACAUGAGAAGGGCUGCCAUCAAGGCAGGCUUGAUUCAUGCCGAUGAUCCACAGGAUAGACUGAUUUUAAUUUCAGAGCCAGAAGCAGCUGCGUUAUACUGUGAGCGUAUGUGUGAACAAGUCAAUUUGAAGAAGGGAGAUCGCAUCAUGAUCUGUGAUGCAGGUGGAGGUACUGUUGACCUGAUCCUGUUUGAAGUCAUGGAUGAAAACAUACAGAGUAAUCACAGGCUGAAGGAAGUGACAAAGGGAAUGGGCGAAAGUUGUGGAAGUGUCUUUUUGGAUUACAAUUUCAGAGCUUUACUAGAAGAAAAGCUAGGAGAUCAGGUCAAGGAUCUACCGCCUGCGACGAUCAAUAACUUGAUGGAUCAAUUCAUCGAUAACAUAAAACCCGAAUUUGAUGGACUAGAUGACCAAUACCUGAAUAUACCCGUCUCUAUUGAUCUAAGUCAGCUGGAUGACGAUUGUUUGGAUGAAGGGACGAUGAUAUUAAGAGCACAAGAUUUAAAAGAAAAAGUGUUUGAACCUGUGGUGCGGCGUGUUCUAGCCUUGAUUGAAAAACAGUAUAACCAAGUAUCCGACCAGAGGGUAUCCUGCAUUUUUCUUGUCGGAGGCUUUGGUUCGUCCAACUAUCUAUUUCAACGAGUUCAAGAAACAUUCCAAGACCGCGUCAAGCAAAUCCUAUGUCCGCCAAGAGCCGCCAUGGCUGUGGUUCGAGGUGCCGUCUACUUUGGCCUGAACCCUCGUCUGAUUACGUCUCGAGUAUCCCGCCGUACCUAUGGUAUCAAUGCCGGCCUUCCAUUUGAUGAAUCCAUAGACCCACCCUCUUCUCGAGUGAUUCGUCCAGAUGGUAGCAUUCGCUGUACGACUCGAUUCCUUGUUUUUGUAAAGAAAGGAGACGUCAUACCUGUGGAUCACUGUAUUAAAGAAAGAAUGUUUGUUUAUUAUGGAACAAUCAAGGCAACUGAUAUUUUACUUUAUGCAACAGAAGAAGAUAGAGAACCAAGAUAUUACGAUGAGCCUGGUGUAAAACAAGUGGCUGCUAUAUCAGUACCCAUUCCUUACAUGCCACGUGUGGCGCAUGGAGAGAGGGUAGCAUACACUGUGAGGUAA